CAAACGGCGGAUCCCGUUUGAAAAAAUAAGACGCCAACAUUUUUGGCUGACACAUCAGGGAGAUUACAAAAGUCUUAAAGGGUGGUCUCGACAAGAGAAGUGUCAAUUCUCCCCGGGUCGAUAAGGUAGUUGUUUUCUACGUGUGCGUUGAAGGGCCGUUUCCGGUCGGAGAUUUCCCACCAUGACACUUCUUCUCCGACUCCGAUGGCGGGCUCACGGCUCACAGCAACUUUCAUCAGUUUUGGCGCUCGUUCCUACUGCUGGUACUCGCGCGCCCGGAAGUGCACGGAUAGCGGAGCGUGACGUCACACGCACGUCCUGCCUGUCGGGCUGAAAUGAACUCAGACGUGAACCGGAGUCUUUGUGAGCUGCUCACAACAGUCCAGAAGGCAUGGACCCGGUGUUUCAAGGUGUUCUUCCCCUGCCCUCGCUGCGACUGAUGGCGUCGCCACUGCAGUUCAGCUACUCGUACAUCUGGCAGGUUAUGAGGCAGCGUAACGUCAAGCACUAUGCCAAAGUGGAGGAAUUUGUCACCGUGGUGACCCAGACUGUGCCCGAGGUCAUGACCCCGAAGCAGACGGCGCAGCUUCUCCUGGGCCUGAGGGCGAGGAUCAUCCUGGACUUCCUACAAACAGACGGAGCCCUGGACACUAAGAUCAUCCAGAACCUGGUCAACAAGCUGAAAGUUCCAGCCACCAUGGGGAAAGACCCGGAGGUGGACAAGUCUCAGACCAAUUUUCUGGCUCUGGUCCAAAGUCUACAGAAGAACCCGGAGGAGAGGAAGAGGUUUUUCAAGGAAGUCUUUCCUGUCCAGUACGGACCACGCUUCGACACAGCACUCCAGACUCUGACCGCUGGUCUGGUGUGUAAGUUGGAGCAAUUGCUUCCUGUCCCCAAUCUAAUGCAGUUGGGCAACAUGAUCGCUUCACAGCCAGCUAUCUUGGAGGCAUGUGGAUCCUUGAUACCAGAUGUUCGAGACCUGAAGAACCUCCUGCUGCAUCAGAAGUCCAAAGGACUUCUGUGUGGAAAAGCGACCAUCUCGUCCUCGGUGGGCGAGUGCGUGCUGUCCUCGCUGGCGUUCCAGAUCAAACCGCCGGACCCUCCUGUGCCAGCUCCUCCGGUGCCCGCUCCUCCUCCCCACCUGACACCACCAACCAAGUCCUCCAAACCACCUGAGGCUCCAAGUCCUGUCUCCUUGAGUGACAGCGAAGAUUUGGGUGUGAUCUGCGAGGACUCAGAGAGCCCGCUGGAGGUGGAGCCAGAUGGCAAAAAGAUCACCGAUGGUGGCGCGGUGAAGGAGAAAAGAGCGGAGGGGAAAGAUUUCACUCAAGAGCCGGUGGCACAAGUCACGAUGGAACCCAGCGUUCCACCAAAACCUACAACUCUCUCACCUCCAUCAGUGCCAACGGUCAAAUCUGUCCCACUGAAGCUGGUCCCUAUUCCUCUCAAAAUGGCUUCCCCUGCACAAACUGUGCCUGCAGCUGUGAAAGAAGGAAGCAAGCCACAGACUCAGCGAGUCACGUUGCACCAGUGGGUCUCUCAAAUUGCCUCCAACUCACUUUCUCUUCCGGCGCUGCCCCCUCUCCCACCUGCUGAACUGUGCCUGGACGAGGACCCCAGGCCCAGCAUCCGCAGGAAGAAGCCAAUGCGGCCGCCUACAGACCGCUUCACCUGCUGCGUGUGCGACAAGACAUUCCCAUACUUGUCCAAGCUGCAAGACCACGAGCGGAUCCAUACCGGCGAGAAACCCUUUGUCUGCACGGCCUGUAACAAAACUUUCCGUACACAGGCAUUUCUCAAUAACCACCUGAAGACCCAUACCACCACGCGUCCAUACAUCUGCGGCCAGUGUGGCAAGUGUUUCAUCAAACUGCAAAGCCUGACCAAACACAUGUUGGCCCACAGUGGUCAGAAGCCCUUCUACUGUGACAUCUGCAACAAGGGCUUCACCCAGUCCACCUACUUCAGGAGACACAUGGAGUGUCACACAAGCCAGAUGACUUUUCCUUGUAAACACUGUAGCAAGAGCUUCCCGACAGCCUUCAAGCUCUUCAAUCACGAGCGCUGGCACACCCGUGACCGCCCGCACAUGUGUGAGCGCUGUGGCAAACGGUUCCUGGUACCGAGUCUGCUGAAGAGGCACAUGGGAUACCACAUUGGCGAGCGCCAGUACCUGUGCUCCCAGUGUGGCAAGACCUUUGUCUACCUCUCAGACCUCAAGCGGCACCAGCAGGACCACAUCCCCAAAGUCAAGAUCCCAUGUCCCGUAUGCCAGAAGAAGUUUUCCAGCAAGUACUGCCUGAGGGUCCACCUGAGGAUCCACACCCGCGAGCGGCCGUAUCGCUGCACCCUCUGUGACAAGAGCUUCACACAAGUGGGCAAUCUGAAGGUUCACAUCCGGCUGCACACCAACGAGCGGCCCUUCAGCUGCGACGUGUGUGGAAAGACGUACAAAUUGGCGUCGCAUUUGAACGUCCACAAGAGGACGCACACAUGCAAGAAGCCAUGGACCUGCGACACGUGUGGGAAGGGUUUCUCUGUGCGGGGUCUGCUGAAGAAGCACAUGAUUCUGCACGCUCGCGAGGCCGACCCCGAUUUCUCGGGAAAGCGGCGAGUGCGAGGAAAGCUGAAGAAGAUGAAGAGGAAGUAUGACGAGGAGGACGAUGCUAGCGAUGACUAUUAAUGACACGGCCUCCGACCUCGUGAUGAAUCAAAGAACAUUUCAUAUGAAAACGGCUGAAUCGUGCCAAGUCACGUCUUGAUAACUUUUGUUAAAGCUAGAACAUGCAGAUUUAGUUAAUCCUGCAGUAAUGUGAUAUGUUGGUGGAUGAAGCAAAACUAAGUGUUUAGACGGUAACGCUUGAAAA